UCUGGUAUUUUCACACGUAGGCCUGAAUGCAUUUACUUAUCCCCCCCCCGCCCCGAUCGCCCUUCAAAAGUGAGAGGCAAAGUUUUUGCAGGGGAUGGUGGUGUGAAUGGGCUGAUCCACCGAUCGCAGGUAUAGGAGCUGGAGGAGGGAGCAAAGACUGUAGAUUGCGGCGAAGUCACCAACAAUUCGGGGCUAUUUUGUUGUUUAAGCCCUGCGUUAAAUUGACUUAAACUGCUGUGAAUAUCAGUUGGGUUAACACUGGUGGAAGAAUGUGCCUGGUGUGAGAGUCCUGCAGCUUUUUGUUUUUUUGUGAUUUCAUCCAUCGUGCGCGUCGGUGCGCUUCUCGAACUCACAGGCGUCUCCUCUCUGUCGGAUCAUGUGGAUUAUUUUGGCCUUCUUUCUGGCAGUGGCCGGUCCUGGUGCGAGCUGGGGAUGUCAGCUGCCCCACGACUGGAGACCGCAGACAGAAGCGUGCCGUGCCGAGCUGGCGCAGAUCAUAGUCUUUGCCAAAGUGCUGGCACUCCACGAGGAGCCUUACAGCGUGUACAACUACCUGCCGUGGCAGUACGACACCGACCUUUUCUUCUCCGCCGAGAUUGAGCUUCUGUGCGACCAGGCGUGGGGCAGCAUGCUGGAGGUCCCCGCUGGAUCCAGGUUUAAUGUCACCGGUCUGGGCUACUUCCCUUGCUUCUCUUACAGUGUCACCAAAAACAACAACUAUUACUUCUUUCUAAGGAUGGAUGAAAACUACAAUAUUGUCCCUCAUGGGGUGAACUUCCAGGACCCCAUCUUCCCAGACACUGCGGAGGUCCACCGCAUGUUUGCCAGCCUUUUCCAGUUUUCCAAUUGCACGCCUGGUACUCAAGUCCACCAGUACACCCCAGAGUGGGAGGCUCAGGAAGACAGUCGGUUGUUGUGCUCCACAGUGCAGAAGGCUCUGUUUGAGGAGGAAGAGAGGGUCAGGACUCUCUCCCAGCAGGUGCGCUCCUUGGAGAAAGCCAACAACCACCUGAGGGAAAAGGUGAAGACCAUGAAACGUCAGCUACGCCAGGCCCAGCGAGAAACAACAAAAGAGCAGCAGACCCUUAGCCUCAAACAGCUCUACGAGCCAAGGACGCCCCAGGCUCACCCUGAUCAGGAGACUAACCAGGACCAGAAGAAACCACCACUUAAAAAGGUCCUCUCUAAGAGGCUAAAGAAGUAGUUUUCUCUUCUUUAGUCAUAUGACAACCAAAUUUUGCUCCCUCUGAAGCAUCAGUGACAAAACUGAAAGGACUUGGGGAAGAGACAUUCAUUACAUUCUCCAUGUCUUCAAAAUAAUUAGUUUGCUUAUUUCUAAAGGAACCUAGCAAAGUUCCAGAAACUUCACAGCCAAAUUUGGUCAUUCAACCAAAGAGUGUUGUUUUAGUUAAAAUUGAGAUAAAAAGGUAAAAACUACAAAGAGACCAUUCAUACGUCCUCAUCCAUACACUUCUAAGAACCCUAUGUGUGUGUGAGUGUGUGUGUGUGUGUGUGUGUGUGUGUGUGUGUGUGUAGGGAGGGGAUGGUUCAACACCUGACUUGUGUCCGCCUCUGAGAUAAAGGUUUUAAAAGGUUUCACAGGAGGAAGAGAUCGUCAUCUAAAUGUCCUCCUCCUCCUCAUUUCACUCCAUUAGUCCAAUGCGAUAAUUCUCUUUGAAUAACUGCUACUGCACCCCAACGUUUGCCUUAUCCUUUGUUAAUGUAAUUCAGCAGCUGCACUGUUGAGCUAUAAGCGGACAUUGUUAUGUCAAAAUAAUUUUUUUUUAAUCACUCUUUUUUUCCUGUGCUGGACACAUUAUGUGUUGUAUAAAUAUAUUGCUUACUUCAGAAAUACUGUCAUCAAAAUGCUCCACAUUAAACUUUGUCUCUUUUGGAAGCCCUCGUUUGGGUAAAGUCUCUGGUGCAAAUAAUAAUAAACAUACAAGUAGUGAGCUGUGAGCUUGCUGUGUGUUUGUACUGAGGAGCAGCUAAAGAUGAAAGAGCAAAUGAUAUGCCAUGCCAUUCUCUUCUACCUUUUUACCUUCCAUUGAAGUACAUGUUCUAUUUAUACCCAAGAAAUUUUCCCAAAGUGUAGUGAUCCUUUAAUUCAGUGACUUCAGGAGUGCAUUUUUAUAAACUGUACUGAAUGAAAGUGUGAUAUUUGUAUUUGACAACAGGGUGCUGAGCACUCAUUAGGUCCAGUAAGUGAGUCUGGUGUGGUAAAUGAUUGGCUUUUUCUGUGUCAGAAAUCAAACUUUGAUUUUGUUAUACUUUCUGUAUUUGCUUUUCUUAUUAUUUUGCUUUGUCUACACUAUAUCUGGUGUGCUUUGCCAAUAGCAUAAUAACAUUUUGUUGCAGUUAUUGUGUUUUUUUUUUUAAAUAAAUAAAUGAACUUUUGA